CGUCAGUAUCGUUGGUUGCACCAGUCACAAUGAGGUCGAUCUCGCUGGUUCUGUUGUUGGGCGUUGUGGCAUUCACAUGCGGCUAUUCGGUAUCACCGAAACCAGCCAAAAUAGCCGAUAAAGAUUUUCUGUUACGGCAAAAAUCGAUUUUGGACCUACUUCAACACAUUAAUCAAUACGAAGUCCUACCCGAACUGUACGAACAGACCAAAACCUAUCGAAUCGAGGAAUAUUAUGGCGAUUAUACUAACGUUGAGGCUGUUCGCGAAUUCGUGGAUUUGUAUCGUGUUGGACUCUUACCAUUGAAUGAAAUAUUUUCUAUUUACAAUGAGAACCAUCGGAAGCAAGCGAUCGCAUUGUUCCACGUAUUCUACUAUGCCAAGGAUUGGGAAUCAUUCUACAGAUCCAUUCAGUGGGCACGAUUCCACGUCAACCAUGGCAUAUUUGUCUAUGCACUUACCGUUUCUGUGUUGCAUCGCAAAGAUACCGUUGGGCUUCAACUACCAGCUCCGUACGAAAUCUAUCCGUACUAUUUCUUCAACUCUGAGACCAUUCAACGAGCUCAUAGCUACAAAAUGAGGGGAUUCAAUGACGUCAAGAAAGUGGACGGAGUUUACAGUGUAUACAUUCCAUCAAACUACACCAGUCAAUACAGCAAAUAUAACGAGGACCAGGCAAUCUCCUAUUUCACCGAAGAUAUUGGUCUAAAUGCUUACUACUACUACUUCCAUGCCGACUAUCCAUUCUGGAUGGGUGGACAAGAAUAUAAUUUGUACAAAGAUCGACGUGGAGAAUUGUUCCUGUUUUACCAUCAACAACUGUUGGCACGCUACUAUUUGGAACGGAUUUCAAACGGUUUGGGAGAGAUCCCAGAAUUCAGCUGGUAUGAACCAAUCAGGACCGGUUAUUAUCCAUCCCUGCGUUACUACAACGGAAUCUUCUUCCCCAAUCGAAACAACUUCUACAAUGUUUACACCGAACACAACUACUACGAUGUUGAGAUUGUCGAAGACUACGAACGUCGCAUACGCGAUGCUAUCACGUACGGUUUCAUCGUAUUGCCAGGCGGAAACUUUGUCGAUCUGACUAAGCCGGAAAGUAUUGAAUAUUUGGGCAAUUUUAUUCAAGGCAAUCCAGAUUCACCAGUCACCCGAUUCACCGGUUACUUCACCGUACUGGCAAAAACUUUGCUCGGCGGAUCGUUCGAUCAUCACCACACAUUUAAUAGUUUUGCUAUUCCCAGUGUUUUGGAGCACUUCGAAACAUCGUUAAGAGAUCCAGUCUUCUAUCAACUGUACAAGAAAAUCAUCAGCUAUUACUGGCUGUUCACAUCUAAAUUGCCAUCGUACAAAAAAACUGAAAUCGAUUACAGUGGAGUCAGAAUUGAAUCGGUUGAAAUAGACAAAUUGGUCACAUACUUUGAUGUUCAUGAAGCCGAUAUCACCAAUGUUGUGGACGUGCAAAGCAUUUAUGAAAAGAAAACCGAUCUCUUGAAAUUCGGCUAUGUCUCGCAUUAUCAAGGUGAAGACAUAUACAUCAAGGCACGUCAGUAUCGAAUCAAUCAUUUGCCAUUCACAUUUAAACUGAAUGCCGUUUCCGAUAAAUCUGUACGAAGUGUGGUUCGUGUAUUCAUUGGACCGAAGUACGACGAAAAAGGAUUCGUCAUUGACAUCAAUGAAAAUCGUAAAAAUUUCGUUAUCUUGGACACAUUCACAUACGACUUAGUCAGCGGUAAUAAUGUGAUUACACGCAAUUCCCAAGAAUUUGCAUGGUACGUAAAGGAUCGCACCACUUACUACGAGCUAUACAAAUACGUUAUGUCCGCAUAUAAAGGUCAAACGACCUUCACUUUGGAUAUGACCGAAGCACACAAUGGUGCUCCGAACCGUUUGAUGUUGCCAAAAGGCAGCAAGGGCGGUACUCCAUUCCAAAUUUUCUUCAUCAUAACACCAUAUAACGCACCAAAGGUGGAACAAUACUCAACGUUUGAACAUACAAUUAGUGCAGGCGUCGGCAGUGGAGCUCGGUAUGUAGAUACCCUGCCAUUCGGUUAUCCAUUCGAUCGGCCAAUUGACACAACAGUUUGGUACACACCUAAUAUGUUCUACUAUGAUGUGAAUAUAUUCCACAAAACAGAGACCGACAUAAACGCUGUUCCAACUAAACACUAAUAUGACAAUCAUUAAUAGUUGUAAAAAGUUAGCAAUUUUUGUUGUUUGUUUUAAAUAAAGAAUUAUGAGAUGAAGCAUAAA